AUGGCGCGCGCGCGACGAAGGCGCGCGCGCGUCGUCGCGGCGACGCUGAUCGUCGUCGCGGCGUCGCUCGCGGUCGGUGCGCGCGCGGAGACGACGGGGUUCAGCGGAGGCUCGAUUGGAUUAGAUGUUUCGUUCGUCGAUGGUGACGGUCUCUCUCUCGCGCGCGGGGGAGACGACGGGUACCCGCCGUACCCGCCGUACCCGCCGUAUCCGGUGGCGCCGCCGAGGCCGAGCCCGCCGAGCCCGCCGAGGCCGCCGAGGCCGCCGCCCGCGCCGAGGCCGCCGAGGCCGCCGAGAGCGCCGAGGCCGCCGCCGCCGUCGCCGCGACCCCCGCCGCCGCCAGCGCCGCCGCCGAGCGAUCCGGAGAGGAAGAUGGACGCGUUGGCGCUCUUGGUGUUCGCCGUACUCACGGCGGUGGUGGUGGGGGGGGCGAUUUAUCUCGCGAUGUGGCACGACGAGGACGCGACGGAAGGGCGGGACGGAGCCGGAGACGAAGACGCCCCGCGGACGACGAUUCGGGAGGAGUUGGAAGAUUUCGCUUCCUACGCGAAGACGAAUGUCGCUAAACGUGCGCGUGAGGCUAUCGUGCGGGUGCAGAGAUUGACGCAUCGCGACGACGAGGAGGCGUCUUGGCGUCGGCUGAGCGACACCAACCCAGUCGUUAGAUGGGUGAAACGCACGCUCGGGGACGAUCAGGACGGGCUGGGCGAGAGUCUCAUAGACGAAGACGACGACGAUUACGAGGAUAUGAUGACAUCCGAGCCGGAUUACGCAUUUUCUGAGUUCGCCGAUUACCUGGAGGAGGCGAGCGCCGAUGCGACUUUGGAUCCAGAGAGCGCAACGCGCUCGCCGAACGUCGUUAGUCUCCCGCGAGGAAGCCCUUCGGUGGCGUCUUACGUUCGCUAG